CCUCGGUCGAAUGGAUUUCAGACUGCAAUAAUACGUCCAUUCCACCGUCGUGGUGCAGCUCGUGGUGUAGUUCGUUCGUCGACGUUCAAACUUUAAGUAUUUGACAUGUCCAAUAAAAGCCGCUGCAGUAAUUUAGCAUCAGCCAUAUCGCAGUUAAAAUCUCAGCCGACCGAAAUGGAGAAAAAAAUUAUUGCAAAAAUGUUAGAUUAUAGUGACUUAACUUGCUCGAUAUGCUUCGACAUUUUUGAAAAGCCAUCAGAAUUGAACUGUAGUCAUGUGUUUUGUUUCAAAUGCGUAAAAAAUUGGAUGCGUAAUAACAGGUCAUGUCCAAUAUGUCGGCGAAUUAUAAUGGAUCCGCCAGUUGUGUGCACUAUGUUGGAAAAACUUAUUUCAGAAAUGAAGUCAGCUUCUGUUCCUGUUCCAAAUCGACGUUACACAAGUACAGUUUAUAGAGGACAAGAAUCUUCAUCCGCAUCACGUCCGGCCGUUAGAAAAGACCUUAGUGAUCGUCCACCGUGGAGAUAGAGAACGUAUAAUAAUAAUAACUUUUUUAAUAUACAAGAUGCAUAUAAUAAUCUAUAUUUAUAUUUUUUUAAGUCCAUAAUAUUUGUAAUUUUUAAUAUUUUAACUAAAUGAAUAACUUUUUAUAUUAUCCUAGACUCUAGAACCUAUUGAAUAAAUACAGCCUAACCUAAGGCUAAAAAUAUUUUUAUGU